CUGGCUCCACGGGCCAGCAGGGCGCUGGGAGGAGGAGGGAGGAGUGUCCUCAGUGCAAGGCCUUUCCAGGAUGCUGGGAGUGUCCCUGGCAGAGGGCUCUGUUGGAGUCAGGGAUGAGCACCACCCUCAUGGACUCAAAGGAGAACGAAGGACACCCUGGAAGCUCGUUGAUGAAGGAUAUCAUCCCCCUGGGGCCUGAGGAAUCUGCCAUGGAGGUGGUCUUGAAGAAGAUCCGGGAGCUCUCUGAUUCGGACCACCGAGACCCCUUCAUGGUGGGCGACCUGGGAGUGUUGGCCAGCCGCCACCAGGCCUUCUGCCAGGCCCUGCCAAGGGUCUCGCCCUUCUAUGCGGUGAAGUGUAACAGCAGCCCCUGGGUGCUGCGUGUCCUGGCCGCCCUGGGCACCGGCUUCGACUGUGCCAGCCAGGUGAGCUUGGGCCACAGCCAGUUUCCUCAUUCAUAG